AUGUCUAGUAGUAGUAGUAGUAGUAGUAGUAGUAGUAGUAGUAGUAGUAGUAGUAGUAGUAGUAGUAGUAGUAGUAGUAGUAGUAGUAGUAGUAGUAGUAGUAGUAGUAGUAGUAGUAGUAGUAGUAGUAGUAGUAGUAGUAGUAGUAGUAGUAGUAGUAGUAGUAGUAGUAGUAGUAGUAGUAGUAGUAGUAGUAGUAGUAGUAGUAGUAGUAGUAGUAGUAGUAGUAGUAGUAGUAGUAGUAGUAGUAGUAGUAGUAGUAGUAGUAGUAGUAGUAGUAGUAGUAGUAGUAGUAGUAGUAGUAGUAGUAGUAGUAGUAGUAGUAGUAGUAGUAGUAGUAGUAGUAGUAGUAGUAGUAGUAGUAGUAGUAGUAGUAGUAGUAGUAGUAGUAGUAGUAGUAGUAGUAGUAGUAGUAGUAGUAGUAGUAGUAGUAGUAGUAGUAGUAGUAGUAGUAGUAGUAGUAGUAGUAGUAGUAGUAGUAGUAGUAGUAGUAGUAGUAGUAGUAGUAGUAGUAGUAGUAGUAGUAGUAGUAGUAGUAGUAGUAGUAGUAGUAGUAGUAGUAGUAGUAGUAGUAGUAGUAGUAGUAGUAGUAGUAGUAGUAGUAGUAGUAGUAGUAGUAGUAGUAGUAGUAGUAGUAGUAGUAGUAGUAGUAGUAGUAGUAGUAGUAGUAGUAGUAGUAGUAGUAGUAGUAGUAGUAGUAGUAGUAGUAGUAGUAGUAGUAGUAGUAGUAGUAGUAGUAGUAGUAGUAGUAGUAGUAGUAGUAGUAAAAUAUAG